AUGGAGCUGCUGUCCACGCCCCACAGCAUCGAGGUCAGCAACAUCACCUGUGACUCCUUUCGCAUCUCCUGGGCCAUGGAGAACAGUGACCUGGAGAGGGUCACCCACUACUUCAUUGACCUGAACAAGAAAGAGAAUAAGAACUCCAACAAGUUCAAGCACCGGGAUGUCCCCACCAAGCUCGUGGCCAAGGCCGUGCCGCUGCCCAUGACGGUGAGAGGCCACUGGUUCCUGAGCCCCCGCACGGAGUACAGCGUGGCAGUGCAGACCGCCGUGAAGCAGAGCGACGGGGAGUACCUCGUGUCCGGCUGGAGCGAGACGGUCGAGUUCUGCACUGGGGAUUAUGCCAAGGAGCACCUGGCCCAGUUGCAGGAGAAGGCCGAGCAGAUCGCAGGCCGCAUGCUCCGCUUCUCCGUCUUCUACCGCAACCAUCACAAGGAGUACUUCCAGCACGCCAGGACCCACUGCGGGAACAUGCUGCAGCCCUACCUGAAGGACAACAGUGGCAGCCAUGGCUCCCCGACCAGCGGCAUGCUCCACGGGGUCUUCUUCAGCUGCAACACUGAGUUCAACACAGGCCAGCCCCCGCAGGACUCCCCCUACGGCCGCUGGCGCUUCCAGAUCCCCGCCCAGCGCCUUUUCAACCCCAGCACCAACCUCUACUUUGCGGACUUCUACUGUAUGUACACGGCCUACCACUAUGCCAUCCUGGUGCUGGCCCCCAAGGGUUCCCUGGGGGAUCGCUUCUGCCGUGACCGCCUGCCCCUCCUGGACAUUGCCUGCAACAAGUUCCUGACCUGCAGCGUGGAGGAUGGGGAGCUGGUCUUCCGCCACGCCCAGGACCUCAUCCUGGAGAUCAUCUACACCGAGCCUGUCGACCUGUCCCUGGGCACCCUGGGGGAGAUCAGCGGGCACCAGCUCAUGAGCCUGUCCACUGCUGAUGCCAAGAAAGACCCCAGCUGCAAGACCUGCAACAUCAGCGUGGGUCGCUAG